AUGUCCUCUCCCGAUGUAUCGGUAUUGGAGGUGCCCGCGAGCAGAAUGGACAGGUUCUGUCUCCUCCCAGCGGAACUCCGUGCAGCCGUUGUUGAGUGUGUCGUCGAUGACUGCCGCUACGGCGAUGAGUCCGAUUCCCUCGCCGACUACGCCUUGGUCUGCAAGGAGUGGCAGGCCAUCGUCGAGCGUUUCAACUUUUCCGUCCUCAAAGUCACCCUGGCCAAUCUGGACGACUUUGAGUCUUCCAUGGUCGGCUCUCGCCGCAAACUCGUCCAGCGGAUCAACCUACACGUCGACCUGCCCACCUACGACAAUGAUCCCUGCGAAAAGAAGGAGACCUGGGAGGACAAGGCCGAGAAUAACUCCUGCUUUACUCUUGCAUUUUACCGUCUAUUUGACAUCAUGCAUUCCUGGACACCCGAGGAGACGACCCAGGAGGGCAUCGAUUUCUCACUAAGCAUCUCUUCACCCAGCGACCUCCGCAACGCCAACUUUGAGCUGUGGCAACGACGCAGGUGGAACAUUAAAGAUAUUGGCGAAAAGCGUUUUGCGGACUCUUGGAUCGAUUUCGUCGGCCAGGAUGAGGAGUUUGACCGGGUCAACCGCCUGCCUGCGGUCAAGGUGAUAAAAUCAUUCACCGUGAGCCCUCAGAACCACCGGGCACUGAUGCCCGCCGCUCAUGCCGACAUCAUCGCCCGGCUACCCGGGUUGCGAACGGCCAGUUUUGACAUCACCAAGGACCGCAAGAAGGAAACCCGCAAAAUCCACUUCAACCAAUUCGCCGGUUCCAUGACCAAGUGGCCCACCUCACUAGAAUGCCUCACCAUCAUGUCCAAUACAAUAUCAUCGUGGCGCCAGAUCCCCCACGAGACGCUCGCUGAAGGCGACAGCGGUGCCAGGCUCUGUGAUAAGCUCCGGCGUGCCGCUCAGCAUCUUAAGGAGCUCAAUGUCACCAAUGUCGUUCGUAUUAGGGAAUUUUUACGUCCUCACUGGCCCAUGGGUACGGACGAUACUGAGCCGUUCCUAGCGAACCGCCCGUACUACCCAGAGUUCUGGCUGCUCAAGACUCUCUACAUCUCUUAUGGAUCCAUCUGGUACAAUACCGAGUGGCACAAGCAGAGCGACGAUAUCAAUGAAUCCUCAGAGCUAGUCGAUUUCCGCCAGAACGUAUCCCUCGCCGCCGCCCGGAUGGCGUACACGAUGCCCCAGUUGAAGCACAUGACCAUCAAGCAGCGGCCCUUAAUGUGGGCAGGCAAGCACGAGCUCGAGUACAAGAUCGAGGACGGCGAUAAGGCCUACCUGACCUGGACGAGCACCUUUGAGUUCAAGCCAUGGGAGCGAACCGUCGAGGCCUGGGUCGAGGUGGCGGCCCGGCAUGAGAGGAAGCUUGAAGUUCGUAUCAUUACUAGGGCUUGGCAUACUGACGGUAAAGCGCCUCUUCUCCCAUCACUCACUUUUUAA